AGGGGAAGCUCAUAUCCACUAUAUCCAUACACCUUUAGCCCCCAACCGAUCGCAUCUCACCCAGGUCGAACCACCCAGGCACUUUAGAUACGAAUCGGGCUUAUGGUCUUAUUAGAGCACCAUAUGAACUCGGACAUUCGAACCUUUCUGGAACCCUGUUUUAAAAUAAGCCGGGUUCUUUUUUAAAAUGCCACCACAGACACAGACAGCUCUCGUACAGUCUAGCUCGCAACAGCUGGUUACAUCUAAUUCUGAGCCUAUCCCGAGCUUACCCUCACCUCAUCAUGUUCUCGUACGCGUCAAGGCAGUGGGCCUUAACCACAAUGACCACAAGAUGGUGGCUCACUUUCCCCUGCCUGGCAAUGGCGGGGGAUGUGAUUUCUGCGGCGUGGUAGAGAUGAUAGACGAAGGAGUCGGCUCCGAACCCCUGAACGUGGACAUCAGGGUAGGAACUAGAGUUUGCGGCACUGUUUUUCCGUACGCUCCGGCUAAUGAAGAUUUCCGUCGUCUCGGUGCAUUCGCGGAAUAUGUUGUGGCCGACGCUCGACUCUUACUCAGAAUUCCAGAGGGUUGGACUGACCUGCAGGGUGCGGCCCUCGGGGGUGUCGGCUGGCUAACAGUAGCCCUCGCGCUUUCGCAUCCAGAAGCGCUAGCACUGCCGGGACUCCCCUCUCAUCCAGUGGAAAAUGACGAAAUAAUGCCAAUUUUAGUGUAUGGUGGUGGCACGGCUACAGGGACGAUGACCUGCCAAUUGUUGAAGCUGUCUGGAUAUAGACCAAUCGCUGUAACACAUUCGUCCAUGUCAGCAGAAUUAGCUCUCCGCUAUGGAGCGGCUAGCUUGUUGCCCUAUACUCCCACUCCCACCAACAGCGGCGAUACAAUCCUAAAAGUCGGAGAUGGUAAGCUAAUUCGUCAUGCGUUGGAUUGCAUUACAGAUGCGGAGUCCGCAGCUUUCUGCCUUGGAACAAUUGCUCGAACGGGUGGACGCUACGCUUGUCUUGAACAAUUCCGCAACACGUGGCCGAGACGGCGAGUAGUCAAGGUCAAGGAAGUAAUGGGGUACGAGGUGCUCGGCUACGAUGUUGAUCUUGGAGGUGCAGAAUCGGUGUACACUCGCGAGUCAAGCCCCGAUGCGUUCGCAAUAGGUACACGAUGGGCGGGUGAGAUGCAGAGAUUAUUGGACCGCGGGUUAGUAGAAACCCACCCGAUUCAGGAGAUUCCAGGACGGUGGGAUGGUGUUGUAGAAGGAUUGUCUAUGUUACAGGCUGGCAAGGUUCGGGGUUAUAAACUCGUAGUCCGUCUGUCCAAUGACGUCGCCUGAUCCAAUCUGUAGCGCCCACACGUGUAUUUACGCUCCCCUUCGUACCUUUCGUAUCAGGUACAAAGGAGUAUUUAAGAAAGUUGGGUGGCGGGAGCUACUGCAUGAGGGUGGAGAUGUGUACGUAAGUAGAUAAUUAUCCCGUAUUCCGUUUGUUCUUCGUACUCAGUACCUUCCAGGUUGUUAAUUGAUAGCUCAAUGUUCACUAACAGGACGAAUAAGCUUAAUUGUUGGAUUACAUAACAUUAUAUCGCAAUCCAUCCGAUGCGGUGUAACACAUAGAAAACGGAAACAUCACCAUCUAAAACGGUACGUACCUAGGUAGGUAUCGUACAGUGUUAGCUAGAUGGCGCGCCAAUUACUUGAAUUUGGCUCGCAAAUAAGCACCCAAAGGUAACAUUCAGCCGCAAUCUAUUUGCUUUGCUCGGAUUGGACCAACUUGUUACACAGCAUUUCCUUACGAUCCGAAUACCUUG